AUGAGCCAAGCAGACGAUUCAUUAAUAUGUCCGAUAACAUUAGAAUUGUUUAAAGAUCCUGUUUUAGCUCAAGAUGGCCAUACAUAUGAAAGACAAGCUAUUCUAGAAUGGAUUCAAAAGAAAGGUCGAAGUCCAAUAACUGAUCAACCAUUGUCAAUAGAACAUUUAUAUCCUAACAAUGCUAUUAGAAAAGCAGUGGAUCAUUUUGAAAAUUCUCUGAAGAAUAAAAAAUAUCGAUAUGCUCUUGAUGUUGACGUAAAAAAGACAGCUGGACGACCAUUAUUUCAAUCAUUUGGAAAAACUAUUUAUUAUGCGGAAUGGUUACCAGCGAAUAAACAUCGUCCAGAAAUAAUUCUUUUAAAAAUUGAUGGUGCUCGAUCAAAAAAAGAAGCAUCAUUCUAUGUUGAUCUUAGUCGUCAUCCACAUAUUGUCAGAACAUAUGGAUUAGUACAUGAAGAAAAUGAAGAUGAAGGUGAUGAAAAUAAUGCAGUUAUGUUAUUACAAGAACAUGCACCU